CAAAACUGAGCUGUGUAUAAAAAAUUGUCAGCAUGUUUUGUCUUUGGCCUUAAGCUUAUUUGAUAAGACAAAUUAUAAGUUUACUCGCUCGACAGAAGACACUGGCAGAAAGGGGAGGAGUUUGGAAUUUGGAGGGAAGCGCAGAGAUUGGUUUAAAACUGUCACUGUCUCUGACCAAUAGACGGCGAGCAAGCUCUCUUAAAUAGUAGCUGUUCAACUGUUAUCACUCAGUUUCUACAAUUGACGUGGAAUUGUUAGUAUUCGGUAUCAAAAUGAGCGGAAGAGGUAAAACCGGCGGCAAAGCUAGAGCUAAGGCUAAGUCUCGCUCAUCCAGGGCUGGACUGCAGUUUCCCGUUGGCCGUGUUCACAGGCUGCUCCGUAAGGGAAAUUAUGCUCAGCGUGUUGGUGCCGGUGCUCCAGUCUACUUGGCCGCUGUGCUCGAGUAUCUGACCGCUGAGAUCCUGGAGUUGGCUGGAAACGCCGCUCGGGACAACAAGAAGACCCGUAUCAUCCCCCGUCACCUGCAGCUGGCGGUGCGCAACGACGAGGAGCUGAACAAGCUUCUGGGUGGAGUGACCAUCGCUCAGGGCGGUGUGCUGCCCAACAUCCAGGCCGUUCUGCUGCCCAAGAAGACCGAGAAGGCUGCCAAAGGCAAAUAAAUAAGCUGAAGGUCAAUAACUAAGACCCCUAAAGGCUCUUUUCAGAGCCA